GACCUUACCAAGAUGGCGGAAGGCGCACGUGAAGAAAAAGCUUCCUCAGUCGACCUCGGAUUUGUCGAGGAAACGGACAGCUGGAGGUUGCUGAGUCGGUUCUUCCCGAGUAAAGUAGGCGGGAAGCCAGCCUGGCUGGCCCUGAAGUCCGUCCCGACGGCCUGCGAGCUCGACUGCGGCGUCUGCGGCAAGCCGACGGUCUUCCUUCUUCAGGUGUACUCCCCGCGGACGGAUCAGACCACGUGCUUCCACCGGACGGUGUUCGUGUUCUGCUGCCGAAACCCCCCGUGUCACGCCCGGAACAGCGCCACCCCCUUCCGCGUCUACCGCAGCCAACUGCCGCGACAGAACGACUUCUACGACUUUGAGCCGCCGGACGAAGACACCCCCUCUUCUGAAGCUGAAGUGUUACAGGCAGAGAAGGAGUAUAACCUGUGCUGUGUGUGCGGCUGUGGAGGAGCGAAGGCCUGUUCCAGGUGCCACCAGGUGAGGUACUGCAGCAAGGAGCAUCAGGUGCUGGACUGGAGGGCUGGACACAAGGCCGCGUGUGGGGCUGAAGACGGGAUCCUCCCCAUGGCCCGUGUGCAGCUGCUGUUCCCAGAGUUUGACCUGGUGACUGAACCCGAGGAGUGGGAGGAGGGGGAGGGAGAUGGGGAGGAUGCAGGGGAGGAUAAAGAGGAGAAGCUGAGGGAGUAUGAGGACUACAUGAGGCAGCUAAGGCAUAAUCAGGAUCGUGCAGGAGGUUCAGAUCUGCAGGAGAAGGACCUGGAGGCUGCGGCCAGACAGGAGACGGAGGAGGAUCAACAGUUCAGUGUCUUCAGGAGGAGGGUCAGGAAGGAGCCAGAACAGGUGCUGAGAUACGACUUGGGCGGGGCGCCCCUGUGGGUGUCCAGGCAACACAUCCCCACUGCUGAGGACAUCCCGGACUGUACAUGUGGGGCACCCAGGCAGCUGGAGUUCCAGGUGAUGCCCCAGCUCCUGAACUACCUACAGGUGGACAGCCUCAAGGACAGCAUCGACUGGGGCACCUUAGCUGUCUACACAUGUGUGAACAGCUGUGAACAGGGGACAGCAUACCACCCUGAGUUUCUAUGGAAACAGGACUAUUCUGAAACAGCAUUGACUGGGGCACCUUAGCUGUCUAUACAUGUGUGUGAACAGCUGUGACCAGGGGACAGCAUACCACCCUGAGUUUUUAUGGAAACAGGACUAUUCUGAGACAGCAUUGACUGGGGCACCUUAGCUGUCUACACGUGCGUGAACAGCUGUGAACAGGGGAAAGCAUACCACCCUGAGUUUCUAUGGAAACAGGACUAUUCUGAGACAGCAUUGACUGGGGCACCUUAGCUGUCUACACGUGUGUGACCAGGAGACAGCAUACCAGCCAAAGUUUCAGAAACAGGACUAUUCUGAGACAGCAUCGACAGGGGCAUCUUAGCUGUCUACACGUGUGUUAACAGCUGUGACCAGGCUAGGAGACAGCACACCACCGUGAGUGUUUAUGAGAACGAUAAUUCUGACACAGCGUUACUCAGCUGUCUGUACGUGUGUGGACAGCUGUGAACAGGGAACAGCAAACCACCACAACUUUCUAGGAAAAUAAGACUUCUGCAAAUCUGUUUUGUGAAGGUACAAUCAUGUAUUGUAUUCAGUUUGUGCAGAAUCUUAACAUCAUCAACAACACUUCUGAAAAAGAAUACAUGUGCCGGUACAUAUAUAUAAUACAUAUGCUUGGAGGGUUGAACAAGUUUUCUAAAAUUCUCUUGUCCUAUCGGGCAGGCACAUUAAAAAUUUACUUGCCUGAACCAAUUUUUCACUUGCCCAAAAUUCAAAUAUCACUUUUAUAUUCAUUUUCACUUCCAGCAAUGGAAUUCCUAUUAUUGGCUCUAUUCAAUGUUGACCAUUGCUUGAUGUCAUUACUUUAAAAAGUAACAAGUGUAUCAAAAUCUUUUCAGGCAAGGCAGGUCAUGCACUUGCCCGAUCAGUACUUUCACUUGCCCUGGACAUUGGGGCUAGUGGACUUGUCCAACCCUGGCUUGUUAGCAUUCUUUUGUACAAUGUAUAAUCAUGGUGAUUACAUGCCUACUGGUAUACCCUUAACAGCUAUUUACAGUGCAGAUUGUCAAGGUUUCUGGAUCGGCUAAAUUGGUGAUUUGAAUUUUUUUGGGCUUGCGCUGUUCUACCAUUAAAUAAGUAAGAGAGAACUUGAGUUGUACUGAAUAUUGGUAGGUGAAAGCAUAAGGUUCUUGAAUAUGACAUUUGGAACCUUAUGGAUUAUGUUUCCAUCUGUUAAUAUUUUUAAUUAAAAACUUAUGCAAUUCCAAGCAACACCAAAGUUAAACGUAAUUUUUUACUGGAUAAUGAGGAAUACUGGAACUGCACUUUUGCACCAAAGAAAAUAUAUUAAACAUCAGAUUCUAUAAUUAUAGAGGAACUAUUGAUUUUCAAUUAGGCAGUACAUCAAGUCUCCAUAUCCAUAAGAAGUGUUAAACUCUUUCAGUCACAACCGGUUCUCAAUAGUGCAAACUAUUACAUUAUACGUAGGCCAAAUACAAGACAGUAUGUCUGUCGCACGGGCACAAAAUCAUCAAAGAACAACACAUCAAAAUCUAAUUACAAUUGUGAUACUAAUCUGUUGUCUGUUGACACCAAAAUUCUUUGCAAAAUCAAUUUGUGACAAUGUGGUAGGAAUUUUCUGAAUCUAAUGUGAUCCAUCCAAUGUAGUUUAAUGAUGUAAGACUGCAUCACUGCAGUAGGAUGUUGGUAUUUUCAACAUCGUACUGUAGUAAUACAGAUAUAGAUUGUACAAGUAUAUGAAUAACUUGGACCAAGACGUACAAUGUUUACUACACAUGAUUACAUCAACUGUUCAACACCUAAAUCUGUUAAAGAGGGAGGUUCAAAUAUAUAAAAGCACCCAAUAAAUUUGGCUAGUGUAGUUUGGCUAUCA